GCCGCCGCCGCCGCCGCCGCCGGAGGAUUGGAGGAGGAGUUGGGAGUUUAGCUCAGUCGCCGGAGUGAGCGGACGAGGACCAUCCGGUCCUAGCCUCGCCGGGCGGGAGCUGGGAGCUUCCUAGUCGGAGCGCAGUCAGCUCCUCCUCCCCUUGUCCUCCUCGCGUCGGAGGAGCUGCGCGAUGCUGCGUCUCUGACUCCCUCCUCCCCGCCCUGUCACCGAGAGGGAACGAGCGCUAGCCCACUCGCCGAGGAGACUGCCCUGGACUCCCAGCCCCGCCGGCGAAGCCAUGAGCUCCGGCCAGCAGCCGCCGCCUCCGCGGAGGGUCACCAAUGUGGGGUCCCUGCUGCUCACCCCGCAGGAGAACGAGUCCCUCUUCACCUUCCUCGGCAAGAAAUGUGUGACUAUGUCUUCCGCAGUGGUACAGUUGUAUGCAGCAGAUCGGAACUGUAUGUGGUCAAAGAAGUGCAGUGGUGUUGCUUGUCUUGUUAAGGACAAUCCACAGAGAUCUUAUUUUUUAAGAAUAUUUGACAUUAAGGAUGGGAAACUUUUGUGGGAACAAGAACUAUACAAUAACUUUGUAUAUAAUAGUCCUAGAGGAUAUUUUCAUACUUUUGCUGGAGAUACUUGUCAAGUUGCUCUUAAUUUUGCCAAUGAAGAAGAAGCAAAAAAGUUCCGAAAAGCAGUUACAGACCUGUUGAGCCGGCGACAAAGGAAAUCUGAGAAAAGACGAGACCCCCCAAAUGGUCCUAAUCUGCCCAUGGCUACAGUAGACAUAAAAAAUCCAGAAAUUACAACAAAUAGGUUUUAUGGUCCACAAGUCAACAACAUCUCUCAUACCAAAGAAAAGAAGAAGGGAAAAGCUAAAAAGAAGAGAUUAACCAAGGCAGAUAUUGGAACACCAAGCAAUUUCCAACACAUUGGACAUGUUGGGUGGGAUCCAAAUACAGGCUUUGAUCUGAAUAAUCUGGAUCCAGAAUUGAAGAAUCUUUUUGAUAUGUGUGGCAUCUCAGAGGCACAACUUAAAGACAGAGAAACAUCAAAAGUUAUAUAUGACUUUAUUGAGAAAACAGGAGGUGUGGAAGCUGUUAAAAAUGAACUACGAAGGCAAGCACCACCACCUCCACCACCAUCACGAGGAGGUCCACCGCCACCUCCUCCCCCUCCACACAGCUCAGGCCCUCCUCCUCCCCCCGCCAGGGGAAGAGGUGCUCCUCCCCCACCACCUUCAAGAGCACCCACAGCUGCACCUCCACCACCACCGUCCAGGCCAGGAGUGGGUGUCCCCCCACCUCCGCCAAACAGGAUGUACCCUCCUCCACCUCCAGCCCUUCCCUCCUCCGCACCUGCAGGGCCCCCACCACCUCCUCCACCUCUGUCGGUGACAACAGGGUCAGUGGUACCACCUCCGCCACCGCCACCUCCACCUCCACCCGGGCCACCACCUCCCCCUGGCCUCCCUUCUGAUGGGGACCAUCAAGUUCCAACACCUGCCGGAAGCAAAGCAGCUCUUUUAGAUCAAAUAAGAGAGGGUGCUCAACUAAAAAAAGUGGAACAGAAUAGUCGACCUGUGUCCUGCUCUGGGAGAGAUGCACUUUUAGACCAGAUACGACAGGGUAUUCAACUGAAAUCUGUGUCUGAUGGCCAAGAAUCUACACCACCAACACCUGCACCCGCCUCAGGAAUUGUGGGUGCAUUGAUGGAAGUGAUGCAGAAAAGGAGCAAAGCCAUUCAUUCUUCAGAUGAAGAUGAAGAUGAAGAUGAUGAAGAAGAUUUUGAGGAUGAUGACGAAUGGGAAGACUGAUCUAUAUAUUAUAUAUAUAUUUUUAAGGUGAAAUAAUAAACACUACUUUCUGUCUAUGGAUUCUGUAAAAUUAUCAUGUAAAUGUUCUACCAAUUUGCUGUAUAUUUUUGUUGCCUUUUUUGCUUUUUUUUUAUUAAUCUGUGCAAUACCUCAUUUAAUCUGUAAAGGUUUGUCAUAAUACUCUACAAAGCUACUCCCUGUGACUGUGUGCAAGUUUAUACCAGGAUGCUCACUUGAUUUGUGAAUAUAUUUCAUUCCAUCAACAAGGGAGUUUAAAUAUUAUGCGUGAGACUGACAAAAACCUUAAUGUAAUUUAGUUAUAAUGCCAGAAGGAAAACACUAUUUUCAUACCCUACUUUUUCUGUACCUAAAUUUUCUUAUUGAAAUCUACUAUAGCACUACAUUCUUUUUUAAGUGAUGUAAACCUUAGUUUCUUUAGCCCCUUCAUUUUGAAUGCAAUGCUACAUACAUAUGAAUGUUGAAGCUGAUACAUUUGCACACUUCUAUAGACGUUACUACAUUGAUACAAUUUUUCAAAUUUUAGCAAUAUACUCUUCAUAAAAUCACCACAGAGAUACUAAUGAAGAAAAUCGGUAACACACCUCUUCUAGCAAUAUUACCUGUUACUGGUACAGUGGUGGUAUUUGCAGGCUGGAGUCACAAGGAACCCUUACCUGGGCUUCAUUACAGCAAAUGUGGCAGGCUCUUUGAGGCAGAAAUUAUUUAAAGAUAUUUUGACAUUAUUCUGAAAAAUUAUUUAAGUUGGAGGUUUGGGGGUUAUAUUUUUUUGUGAACCACUCCAAUAUUUGUUUUAAAAUGCUACAUAAAUCAGAACAUUAUUUAAAUGGUGUGGAUUACUUUUAUUUUUUAGUUUGUAUGAACCAUAAAAAAUCAAAUUACUGGCAAAAUUAUGCACUGAAAUGCUGAAUUUAUCCUGUACAUUUUUAUUUUGGCAGUUUCUCAAGAUUUUUGUCAGGUGAAUGGUUACAUUUUUUAAAAAAAGAUUCAUGGCCAGAUUUCUUGGAACAUUUAACUGAUUUGAUAGGUAUUGUUUAUUUGUUUAAUAAAGCUUUGCAACCUGCACAUUUGUUAUGCAUACUAAAUAGCGUGUUAAAUUAGGGUCUCCUUGCCUCUGUACAAUACACUAAUCUACCUACAGGUGAUUGUUUCAUAUUUUUAGUGCUAAUUAUCAUGCCUACCUACUUUAAAUUUUAGGUUAAAAAAUCAUCUGAUUUAAAUACGUAUUUUCUCACAUUGAGUCAUAUGCAGAAUGUAGUUCCAAAUGUAUUUCAUUACUAUAGUCACAAUAUCCAACUAAAAAUUAUGCUAUCUAGAAUUGUUCUGACCAAAAUCGAGUAUUGGCUUGAUCUUGACAGGCUGGACCUGCAAGAUGUGGCUUGAAUUGUAACCAGUUUAUCACAUAUUCUCUAGUGAUCAUGCAUCUAGGUAUCAUAAAAAUAAUUUAAAAGGUUUAGUUGCUAAAAGCAGUAAGUGGUGCAGUAAAAUAGUUAAGUUAUUCAAAGAAUGUUACCUUCCUUGCAAGGGUAAUUUAAGCACAUGGGGAAGAUUCUAGACUUUUGUUUGUUGUAAAAACAGUGCCCUUUGCUGCUAGAAACCUUUUCUGCUUUCUCUCAUUUUAAUUGUGGCUUAAAAGUGAGUCUAGUGUGGAUGAGACUGGACAGAUACUAACCAAUAAAAUUAAGAAUUUGUGCAGAUGGUAAAUAGGACAGUAUGAUUAAUACUAUAAAACAUUUUUUAUCUUGACAUUAUAAAAACAUUUUAAGUUUUCUAGAAAUAUCUUUGAGAAUUCCAAUUUAAGAUGUCUCUUAACUUUUGGCUAAUGAAUUAAGGGUUUUCCAGCUAACUUUGGUAAGAUAAAUGUAUUUUAGUUUCUUCUCUGAGCAGAGGAUAUUAAUUCUUUGAGAUGUAAGAUAGAUAUAUAAUUUACCAAGGUAAUUGAGUUUAUUCUUUUUUUUUUUUUUUGGUACCGAGUAUCAAACUCUGGUCCUUGCACUUGCAAGGCAG